UCAUUCUUUGUGACGCUAUACAUGUACGUGGUGCGUUCGAUGUGCGCUGGUUAAAGUACAUGUUACAUGUCUUCAUUGCGGAUAUCGGUAAUGGGACAAUAGGAGGACAAAUAUUAUAUGAAAUUUCAUAUUUAAAGCAGUCAAAUCACAAAGCAAAAUGUCUAAAACGUCGUCCGUGCAGCCUCCCGCAGAUUAUGUCCACCGUGGAAGUUGGAUGAUUGAGAAAGUUGAGAAAGUUACAGAAGACCCUACUGCUACUGACGUUAGAGGUGUCGAAGGGGCUGAUUUUCAGCUGACUGAUACAGGGGAUAUCUUCUGGAGCUUGCCUGCUGGUGUAACCACGAAGCCAUACUUUGUCAAGAACUUUGACCUCUAUGAGGUUAUUGGAGCCAAGUUUCAUGCAAUCAAGUUCAUUGGUAGCCGCAGUGGAGACAAGAUUGUAUUCUUUGCUUCUCAGAAGAGCCCAAACACUCUACAGCUAAAGUAUGAGAAUGAAUUUGUCUUCCAUUGUGAGAAGGUAUGGAAGAUUGAGCAAGCCAUUCUGGAGCCAUACAGUCUCCUCAGAGCUUACAAGGAUGGCUUAUUCACUGAUAUGGAAAUCAAGGCGGACACUGCCAGGCCUUUUGUUGUGCACAAGAUCAUCCUGAAAUCUACCUGUCCUCAGUUAGGAUGGGAUAUGAGCCCCGCCCCUCUCAGCGGCACCCCUGAGGUGGUUCUGUCGGCCAUCAUUCAUUUCCUCUACACUGAGUGCCUCCCAGAUACCAUAGAUGAGGAUUCUGCUAGGAAGGUCUUGGAGGUAGCAGGGAAGCUGCCUGGCUUUGAGAGACUGGCAAACCUGUGCCAGCUAUACCUGCACAAUUCAGAGGUCAAGAAUCAGAUCAUCAACCUUGUGGAUGACAUCCAUGUCUGCGGUGAUCGUCUGAUCCAGCUCUUCAGUAGCAAGAGCACAGAGGGCUCCAGCGCCAAGGAGAACAUCAUGCUGGAACCUCCUAAGUUCUCCUAUGCUGUCAGACAGUCUAUAAAGGAGGGAGCAGUUGCUGGUAUGAAGGUUGUCAUGAUCUGUGAUCUGUUCAAUAAGAGGAAGGCAGAGAUGUCGAAAAAAGAGAGACACGAUGUCAUGGAAUAUGUCAAGACCAGGUUACCUAUCUUUGUGAAGCAGCUCUACAAGUUCUAUGAAUCCUUCAAAGAACAACUCACUCAAGAUAUCAAGCCCAAACAGAGUGAUGACCUGGCAAGGUAUCUCGUACCGGAGAUGGAUAAGUGCCUUGACAUGACUACAGACAUGGUAGAACAAGGCAAAGAUGCCCUGGAGAUGAUCCUCAGACGCAUGAAAGCCAAUGAAGACAAGAAGCUUUCUACCAAGGAUUACCUCAAGUUCAUUGUAGUCAAUGCAAUGUUCAGGAAGGAGAUGGCCCAGUUGAAGCUAGCCCAUGAGAGGAUGUGUGAACUGUUCCAGAGCAUGUUAUGGCGUCAAGAAGGCUUUGAUUGCCUGUCAGAAGCUGAUAAAAUGUUUUCUGUCAACAAAAAUAUCGAACAAGUGGUGGAAGAGUUCCCCAUUAUGCUUCAAAAGCUGGAGGCCUUGGAUAGUAAUGUGAGUGAUGGAUCGAUGCGUGACUGGAGAUUCAACUUCAAGAUGGGCACCUCCAAAGUCAUGUGGUCCUUUGACAAGAUCAUCACACAUCGUGAACGCUUCAAGCCGAUCGUAGCCCGUCUCAACAAGCUCAUCGGCCGUGAUGCCUUCACGGAUGGUUUGCUACAAGUCGGUCUCUUGGCAUCCGUUCCAACAGAUGAGGAUGAUGAGCCAAGCACCUCAGGCACUGUAGCGUCUGAAGCAUCCCCCAUGGAAGUAGACACUGAGGAGACUUCAGAUGACAUCAUUCCCCCUCUACCAGUCAAACGGCCAUUGGUGUCUGAAUCUCUGUGCGUUCCUCCCAGUGCUUCUGAGAGUAAGCUAGCCAGAGCCAUGGGUGAACUACUGGAGUCUGGCGUGGAUACUGACAUGUGCUUUGAGGUCAUCACAGUCACAGAUGAGCCCUCGGAUGACGCCACCCAGGAGACAGAGAGGAAGGUAGUCAGACACCCUCUUAUCUAUGCACAUUGUGCUAUCAUAGCAUCCAGGUGUGAUUGGUUCAAGAGAGCUCUCAUGAGUGGAAUGAGGGAAUCCAUUGACAAGAAAAUUGAGGUCCAUGAUACCGAUCCAGAGAUGUUCAAGCAGUUCCUAGUCUUUCUCUAUUCAGGCCAGAUCAAUACAGCUGAGAUGAACAUGGAUCAGAUAGCUGAUAUGAUGUCUCUCAGUGAUAGAUAUGAGGUUGACACACUAAAGCAUGUUUGUGAAGCAUCUCUCAAGACCAAACUCAAUGAAGACACUGUGCUCUAUCUGCUCGGACUCUCUGAUCAAUUCCAUGCCGUAACACUCAGGGAUGCUACUUUGGGUUAUAUAGAGAAGCACCCAUUUAUUACUAGCUCCGAGGUCUACAAUGAACUCCCGGAACACCUUCAGGCAGAGGUCAAACAUCGAGUUGAGAAGGAUCCGAAAGUUGGAGAUCUGGACCCAAUGGCGCAGUACAAGGGAGAGCAGUAUGAUUCCAGCUCUAACUCCUCUUCAGAAGGCUUAGGCAUGAAAGGUAUAGAGGAAAGCCGAAGGGACAGUGAUCACAUGUUAGAUGAGUCCGACCAGGAGAAGGAGAUGGAAUGUAUUGAAAGGUUGAAGGAGAUCCUUGGACCUGAUGUAGCUCCUGAUAGGCUUGUUGAACUGGCUCGAGUUGCAGACUAUGACAUCAAUAGGGCUAUGAACUAUCAUCUAUCUUCAAAAUGACCACGCCUCUAGGAAAUCUAUAUUCUUUAAUUUUGAAUAGUUCCAUGAUUAUCAAAAUGUUUAGUUUAUGUUUAACGGUCAUAGUUCCAUUUAUAUACUAUUUGUCUUUAUCCCAUAUAUAUACAUCUACUUUUCAUCUUGUACUCUGAGAGCAAUUGGCUUUUAUUUGCUGUUAUCAUUAGUAAAAAAAAAUGUAAUGUAUGUGUUGGAGUUCAAGUGAUGCAUAACAUGAAUUUAGACAAAUGGGACUAUGAAAAGUAAUCUCAUAUCAAAUCAGCCUUAAUCAUGCACCUGGUAAUCUUUUUAAAGGAAGCGUAAUUGAUGUUAUCAUAUUAAAAAUUGAGUAUACAAGGCUGUUUAGGAGGUAUUGGAACACAAAGUGUUUUUGCAGUGAUGUUUUGAAUCUGUGCCGAAAUUGACCACAAAUAUGUUUGUCAAUGAAUGUGUUUUAUUGUAGUAUGUAAAUGUGUAUUAAAUGGUAUAACCAUUGCUGUAAUGUGAGAAAUAGAUGUGCAUUAUUUUAACUUAUAAAGGAUGUAAGAUAAUCAUUCAUUGAAAUAUUUUCUUUUUAUAAUAACCAAAUGACGUAUAAUAUGUUGAUGUAUUGUUAUAUGUAUACCCUAUAAUUUAAAAUUCUAUGGAGAUAGAAAUACUCCUUCUUAAUGGGAUAUAUUAGCCCUUGACUGAGGAUAAAUAAAAUGAUAAUAAAUGUUAUAUUAACUGAAUUAUUAUAUGCCCACAACUCAUCCAUACUCUCUUUAGUUCUGUAUACUGAUCAUGAUGGUGUGUCCAAAAUGAAACCCUAUAUUCUGUAUGAUGACUUGAUGUAUUUGCACUACUCUGUGACAUAUACAAUAAGUGUAUAGCUAGCUUAGUAGUUACGUGCCAUAUACUGGUUACUACCUUUUUCUUUUCCAAUUAUCAUAUUCAUUCUUACAUGUACCGUAUACCAUUGUCAUGACUUGUCCAUUUUGUGUAUCAUUUGAGACGUGAAAUUUUAACCAAUUUUGCAAGAUAAAAGUUAUUAAGAGGGAUUUCUUUUAAGUCAUCACGUUACAUCAAAUGCCUUAUGUAAGUCACUCUCGUAUUCUUAAACACUUGGUAGAACUAUGUACUUUCUGCAGAAGAAAAAAAAAAUCAUAUUUUGUAUUUUUCAAACAUACAUUUGCUUGCCUCCUUCAAAUUUUAAAGAAUGUCUCAAAAUCGUGUUGAAUUGAUGUUUCAUUUUUAUUUAAUUACCUUUUAAGUCCAGGUCAUGAAUCAGCUUCUUUGAUCCAUUUACAUUCGAUGCAGAUUAUAUAUGACAUGAUGAUUGUAGACAAAUUUAUCUCAUUUGCAUCAUGUACAGAGUUAACAAUUUUGUACAUGUUCUUACAUUUAUCGAUCUGAAAUAUGAGUAAACAGCUAGGGUGGUAUUUACUAAGCAUUCUGUUGGUGGAAACCUGUGUUAGGAAUUAUAGAGAUAUCAGUCAUCAUGUAUUGAACCCCCCCCCCCCCCCCCACACACAUAUUUACAACAAAAUAGAUCCAACCAAAAUGUGCCGUGAGCACACCUGUAUUGCCCAAACAGCCUUUCAUUUCAUAACCUGAAAUGUGAUUGUACAGUUAAACCUGUUUAUAAAGACCCCCCGGGGGGGGGGGGGGGGGGGUACUGACAUAUUUUGACAUACAUGGGUCCAACUUUUACCAAAAAUAUCAUUAAAAAUGGGUCUGUUUUUCAAAAUUUGCUAAAUUUUCGGGUGCUUGCAAUGCAAACACCCGAAAACACCUGAAAAAUGCCCCAAAAGGAUCCGUAAUAAUGGGUAGGGGUUUCAAGGCUUGAGCGGCACACCCCCGUCCAAACCAAAUCUGAGUAUGCCCCCCGGUGAAGACCAUUCACGGGAGACAAGAAAAGAGGCCUAUGUAAGCAGGUGGUGUUUUUGUAUAUGUUCCAUUUAAUAGUACAUGUUUCAAUGACAUAUGCUAAUGAAGGGAAACAGAAAAUUUGGUCUUUAUAAACAGGUGGUCUUUCUGUAGAGGUAGUUCAGAAAGCAGGUUUCACUUUAUUUGUAAUUGGUACAUUAUACAUACAUGUAGUGUUCCAAAUACGGUACUGUAUAUAAUCUUAUAUUUUUAACCUGCCUGAUUAUGUAAUUAUGGUUGUAAAUAUUGCAGUGAUUUUUAAGCUUUUAAAAAAUAAUGGUAGUUUGGGAAUUGUAAUUGAAUGACAUUGGCAUUUAUCUUCAGGGUGUUUUUUUUUUGUAAUAGGUUGCUUGCGAAAUGUCUUUAAUAAGGUAUACUCAUACGAAAAUUGACUAGAGAAUUGAUAUAUCUUGCCACUAAAUUUAAAAAGCACAUUUCUUUGUAUUCCUUGUAUUACAAAGGUUUCUAAUUUUUCUGCAAAUGAAUGGGAGUUUAAAGUCCUUUGUAACGGGGGAAAGAUAAUGAUAAAUGAUCCGUAAUGUUUGUGGGAACAGUGUGCCAUUAAACAGGUCUUCAAAAUGAUGUCCACAGUACAACUCAUAUACUCUUCAAGUGUUACAAGUUCUCUUUCAUGUGUUACCUACUCACAACUGAAUAGACCUGUACCAUUGAGCAUAAAUUGCCUUGUAAAAAAAAAAGUUUGAUCAGUUAAAAUAAUAAUCUUUAUUUAAGUAUGAUUAUAUUUUUUGUACAAUUUUUAAAUGGUUUAAUAAAUGAAACGGAAUGAAAUCCUGAUUUUUUUAAAUAAUUAUAUAUAAUAUUGUGGUGAUAUGAAUGAUUGAGGAUAAAUAUUGUGGUAUUUUCUAUUUAUUUUUAUUGAAUUUAUUUGAUUUGUCAGUGUCAUCAGCUAUGAUUGGAUCACUGGGUAUUUUUUUCUGCUUAUGUAUUGAUCAUGUAGUCAUAAGCGUACGGGGAGGGGUCACAGAAUGUUGAUAUAACCAAUAUAGGCAGCAAGGUGGUCUAUUUGCAUCGUUAAAAAUAUCUUUUCAGGUAGAUUUUGAUGAUGAAAUUACAUUGCUUGUUCUUGCAUGUUCACUUAAUAGCUUGCUUUAAUAAAUCAAAACUAGAAAGAAGAUGGCGCCCUCGUGGUGUUCUGCCCAGCCAUGUAUGUAGCACUUUGAUGCAGUAGUCUAGAAUGCACAUGCAUUAUUUCUUGGGAAUUUAGAUCAAGAAAGCAAUAAAUUGUUUCUACUGGAUGGAUUUUGAUGAUCUUUUUCAAAUCCAUGCAUAUUAAUUUGUAGAUAUUAUAUCAGUACUUUAUUGAGUAAAUGGUCUUGAUUUGAUGACCAUGUUCAACUUGUGGUAUCUAUGUGGACAUAGGGAUAUUUCUCUAGCAUAUCUAUUACAUUCAUGUUUAUGACUGAUUUUGAUUGGCACAGCUGUUAAAUAAAAAGGUUAUUUUGCACAGCAAGCCAUUGCAGACUAAAAGGUACUUGAUAUUCUCAUCCUAUUAGAAUAUGGGAGGUUGAAGAUAAUUUCACUGUAGUGCAACUAACCUUAGACAAGGUUUGUUAUGUAUGUAUAUGUAUGUUGUAAGUGUUAGAUGAAAUUUCAAGGCCAACCAAUAUAUUAAAAGAAACCAUAAUAAACCAAACGCAUAUUAAAUGUAACCAGGAUUAUGAAAUCGGAGUUAUUAUGUGGUUUUGAUGUUCAUUUAUUUCUUUUCUCUUCCUUGUAAAUAUAACUGUUUCAAUUGAUUUGAUGUACUUAUUAUUUUAACUAAUUGGAACUUAUAAGCACACAGUUUUAUAGAUUUUAUUUUAGACAAUCAAGAGUUUUCAAAAGUAGAACAAUGCCGUUUGUUGUGGUAACAUCUUUUGAUGAUAAAGAUAAAUCUGUGAUCAAUUGGUCCAAAUGGUUGGUAUGUAUGAACUGAAUGAUAUUCAUCAUGAGCAUUGUAAGCUCUGUAAUCUGUUUGGUGGCUUUUUUAUCUUCUACUUUAACUCUAAAAAUCAGGGAUAUAUAGAUUCAUCUUUCUUUAGGAUUGGGGGAGGGGGAGGUUGGGGCAAAUAUAUUAACCAGAAAGACAUACACUCUAUUAUAUACAGUGAAUUAAGGUUUCAUUGCCCUCCCCCCUCCCCCCCCCCCCCCCCCCCCCUCCCCUAGAAUAAACAUUCCUCCCUACAAUUUGAUCUUCUUCAAAGCUAGAGAUGAUCUUAACCAUAAUGAUAAGAAUUGUUCCAAAUAGUUACCAUUUUAGUUGACUUUAAUUACACAUAAUUUAUCAAACUUUUCAGUCAUUUUUUUCUAAACUUUGGUUUUUAUAGACAUGAGCCUCUGUGAAGUUGGUAUAAUAAUGACAUUUCUAUGCAGUUCAAAUAUUCAAGUGAAAGUCUCCCCCGUUUGCCUCUGGAGAUCUUUCUACGAUUUGAUUUUCUUUUAUGAGUAUUUUGGGGGUAAGUGGGGUGUCAUUUAUAUUAUUUUUCAUCUCAAACUGCAGUUCAAAUUUGUAUCUGUAAAAGUAUUCCACAUUAUUUUAUCCAUUAAAAUAAAUCUUUGUCAAAUACAA